UAUCAAGACAGGAUGAGAAGGGAAGACUGACUGUUGGAGCCUGCACUGGACAAGACUGGAAAACCCGAGAGCUUAAAGGUUGAAGUUGCUGAUCGCAGAAUGACGAGAACCUACUGGAGAAGCCAGUUUCAAGAAACUACACUGAUUAUAAUGCUGAGACCUUGGAAGUUUGUUUGAAGGACAUACGAAGUAGAGUGCUGACUACGAGCCGGUGUGACAAAUUUCUGCAGCAUGCCGCCACACCAGUGCAUCGCUGUUAUAGUAUGCACUCUCUUCGCUGUCACAGUGCUGGCUGAUGAAGGACGCGUGCACGGAAGAGGAAACCCCAAAGUUCCUGGUGGUUAUCGCUUGAGUGAACUAAUGAGACCAUUCAGGAGAGACUUUGGAUACGAAGGAGAGCAUGGUCCUGUCCACUGGCCGAGUACGUUCCCUGAAUGCGGUGGCAGAGCGCAGAGCCCUUUGGACAUCGACAUAAGUCAAACCGAGUCCCUCGAUAUCCAGACACCCCUGGAGGUCCCAGAUUUGAUGUGGUCUUCAUAUCAAUUUAAGAUAUUGAAUAAUGGCCACACAGUGCAGCUGCAGCCAGUGGAUCCAGCCUCUGUGGAGAAAUCGGUCCUACGAGGCGGUCCGCUGACGGGCGAGUACCAGUUUCUCCAGUUGCACUUCCACUGGGGUGAGAGCGACGAUAUGGGCAGCGAGCACGCUGUUGAUGGCUCCUACUAUGCUAUGGAGAUGCAUAUGGUAUUUUCAAGAAAAGCAGCACGUGGCAAGGAGAAUUCCUAUAGGGAACAUGGUGAUGCAGCAGUAUUGGCGGUCUUCCUGGAGCUGGUUGACGAUAACAACCCUGUACUAAAGCCCGUGGUGUCACACCUGCCACAACUGCGGGAGGUGGACUCCGAGGUGUACCCACAGAUGUCCAUGUCUACCAUAAAACUGGUUCCUGAAGAGCGGGGCAGCCUGCUGGUGUACAAUGGGUCGCUCACCACGCCACCGUGCUCGGAGACCGUCACCUGGAUCAUCUUCCGUCAGCCAAUCACUAUCUCUUCCGAUCAGGUGGAAGGCUUCAGGAGAUUGAAGUCCCCACAUGGACAGCUGAGAAAGAACAGAAGGCCGGUGCAGCCGCUCAACGGCCGGACUGUGUACACUGUGUCUCCGAACCGCAAGUUCACGGAGAGUGCCACAGCUCGCAGUGUGUCUCCAGAGCCCAGGUUCAGGGAGACCACCACACGAUCCGGGCUGUUCUUCCUGUGUGCGCUGCUACUGCACUCCAUGCACUACCUCUAGCAAAGAACUUCAAAGAAGUAGCCAAUAAAAAUUACGUGCUGAGGCUCACAAAAAUUCAGUUUCUACAGUGCAGUCUGCUAGGUAUCAGGGGUACAGUUUACAGUGGUACUCCUCUCGACAAUAUUGCCCACGAUCAAUCACUCAAGGCAGCGACGGUGCCUGUAUGACUAAUUGAUAUCUGAUCUGAUAAACUGCUGGAAGAGGAAUUAGUACAUCCUUUUUGAGAUUUACAAGUCAAAAUAUAUUGUUGCAACAGUUCAUACGGAGUGCAUGAAAUGCUGACACUUGCGUAUCAAUAGCACAAGCAGU